AUGUGGCUGUUUGGAAGUCUCGCGCUGCUGCUGCUGAUUGGCGAAGGCGCGGGAGCGCGCAGCGGAGGAAAGAGGCGGGGAGGCGACGCAGUCGCGAGCGCUCGGAGCGGAAACGGGAGCGUGUUCGAGGGCAGCUUUACGGCACGCGACAGCUCGCUUUGCACGUGGACGGCGAGUGGAGAGAAGACGUUCGCACUGAGGAUCGCGUGCGAGUCGGAGGCGCGCGGCAAGUUCACGUGCGAGUACGCGGGCGAGCCGGCGGCGUGCUCGGCUUACGGCACCGGCGCGCGCCGCUACUGGCGGCAGGUCGGGCGCGCUCUCGCGAAGCAGAAGCAGCUGUGCGCCGACGAGCGCGCCGUGGUGCGGGCGGGCAUGUGUGUGCGUGCGCCGCCGGCCGCGCACUUCAGACUCGCGCGUCCGGAGACGGGACCAAAGACCACCACAACAGCGAGUGUGGACUUCCCAGAGAGCACCACGCGCGCACCGGAGUGCGCGGAGAGCGCGGAUCACCGCAGGCUCGCGGAGGAGAAGUGCGGGGAGGCGUGGGCGAGCAUCUGCACCUUCUUAUUCACCAUAGUACAGAGUGGAGGAGACUGCUGA